AUGGAAUCAAAGAUUCUUUCUUCUUCAUUACUAUCAUUACCUGAAUUACAUAGCCAAAAACUGCUACUACCAGCUCGGAAAAUGAAGAUAAGCAACAAGAGGAAGUCGAUUUCGAAGAUAAGUGCAAUGGGAGGAGAUUCUUCUCAAGAUAAUAAUGGGUACUACUAUGGUGGAAGAUUAGUCGAUGAAAACAUGAUUGUAUUGAGAAAACGUAUACAUGAAACAAAAAUGAUUGAAAGAAAUUACGAACCACCUUCGGAUUGGAUGGAAUGGGAGAAGAAGUACUAUACUAGUUAUCAUGCGAACAUUUGCAGUGUUGUUGGAGUUUUAUAA